GUAGUCGACAUCAUUAAGUCGGCGUCGUUCCAAGAGUCCAAGAGUUUAGGAGUCCGAGAGUCGAGCGGAUACUCAGUCGUCUCGUCUUAGUCCCCCAAUCGCAGUCAGAGCUUCCUGUGCGGCACGUGCCAGUUCAUCCUCGAGCAAUCCCAGUCCAAAGGAAGUGAUUCCACUUUGACAAUGGCAGGCAAAAACCUGAUUGUAUUCUCCCUCCUGGCCAUCGCUGGAUCCUGUCGCGCAGGAUUCGCGGCCACCUAUGCCGGCUUCCACCCGGGAUAUGCCACCUACCAGGCUCCGGCUGCAGUCUACCACUCCGCUCCGGUGGCCCAGCCUGCUGUCUAUCACCAGGCGGCUCCUGUUUUUGCCAAGACGGUGGUGCCAGCUGCUCCUGUCUACACUAGGUCCUAUGCCCUGCCUGCUCCAGUUGUCAAGACGGUGACGGCCCCCAUUUCCCUGCCCGUGGCAUCUCCAGUGGUGAGGACCGUGGCUACUGCUCCCGUGGUUGCUGCUCCUGUGGUUGCUGCUCCCGUGGCUACUGCUCCCGUGGCUACUGCUCCCGUGGUUGCUGCUCCUGUGCUUAAGCAGGUGGAGCUGGAGUCCUCGCCACGCUACGACUUCUCCUACGGCGUCCAUGACAGCAUCACCGGGGACAUCAAGAGCCAGGUGGAGACUCGUGACGGAGGCAAUGUGGUGGGCUCCUACUCCGUCCUGGAUGCCGAUGGCUACAAGCGCACUGUGACCUACACAGCCGACGAUAUCAACGGCUUCAAUGCGGUGGUUCAGCGUGAGCCAGUAGUGGCCGCCCGUGCUGUGGCUGCUCCCGUGGUUUCAGUGGCUGCCCCAGCACAUGUGCCCGUCCAUGUGCCCGCUCCAGUGAGCUCUCUGCCCGCCCCCAUUUACUACCCCCACCAGCAGGUGUUUGCCCCCCAGCAAGUGCAGCCAGUGCAGCAGGUCGCCGAGCAGCAGGGUGAGGUUGUUGAGGCUCCUGUGGCCACUCAGCCGGAGCUGGAGCCCACGCCCAUCGACUACAACGAGGAGCAGCAGCAGCAGCAGCAGCAACAGCAGCAGACCUAUCCCCAGGAUCAGCAGUUCCCACCUUUCUCUCAGUCGGGCGAAUCUUCUCCAGCUCCCGAUAGCGAUGACUCCGAUGUGGUGGAGGCCCGUUCUGUCACGGAAGCCAACAGCAGCACCACCUCCACCACCGCAGCUCCGGCUACGGAGGAGAACAAAAAGACCGCCUAGAUUGGAACAUGACAGGAAAUAUUGUUGAAAUAAAUGCGAAAAUAAAUACAAAAUUUGAGAAUAUA